GAGCUGCGGCGGCGCUUCCGGCUGAUCGAGCCGAGGUACCGAGGUUAUGGGCAGCCAGGAGGUGCUGGGCCAGGCGGCCCGACUGGCUUCCUCCGGUCUCCUCCUGCAGGUGUUGUUUCGAGUGAUUACCUUUGUCUUGAAUGCAUUUAUUCUUCGCUUCCUGUCAAAGGAAAUUGUUGGCGUAGUGAAUGUAAGAUUAACAUUGCUUUACUCUACUACUACCUUCCUGGCCAGAGAGGCCUUCCGCAGAGCUUGUCUAAGUGGAAGUACCCAAAGGGAUUGGAGCCAGACCCUCAACCUCCUGUGGCUAACAGUCCCCCUGGGUGUGUUUUGGUCCUUAUUCCUGGGCUGGGUCUGGUUGCAGUUGCUUGAAGUACCUGAUCCUGAUGUGGUCCCCCACUAUGGAACUGGAGUGGUACUAUUUGGUCUCUCAGCAGUGGUGGAACUUCUUGGAGAGCCCUUCUGGGUCUUGGCACAAGCACAUAUGUUUGUCAAACUUAAGGUGAUUGCUGAGAGCCUGUCAGUAAUCCUUAGGAGCAUCCUGACAGCUUUUCUUGUACUGUGGUUGCCUCUCUGGGGAUUGUACAUUUUCUCUUUGGCCCAGCUUUUCUAUACUUCCGUUCUGGUGCUCUGCUAUGUUAUUUAUUUCACAAAGUUACUGAGUUCCCCAGAAUCAACCAAGCAACACACUCUUCCUGUCUCCAGAAUAACAGAUCUGUUACCCGAUUUUACCAGAAACAGGGAUUUUGUAAAUUGGAAAGAGGCUAAAUUAACCUGGAGUUUUUUCAAACAGUCUUUCUUGAAACAGAUUUUGACAGAAGGCGAGAGAUAUGUGAUGACAUUUUUGAAUGUUUUAAAUUUUGGUGAUCAAGGUGUAUAUGAUAUAGUGAAUAAUCUUGGGUCCCUUGUGGCCAGGUUAAUUUUUCAGCCAAUAGAGGAGAGUUUUUAUAUAUUCUUUGCUAAGGUGCUGGAGAGGGAAAAGGAUGCCACACUUCAGCGGCAGGAGGACUUUGCUGUGGCUGCUAUGGUUUUGGAGUCCUUGCUCAAGCUGGCCCUGCUGGCUGGCCUGACCAUCACUGUUUUUGGCUUUGCCUAUUCUCAACUGGCUCUGGAUAUCUAUGGAGGGGCCAUGCUUAGCUCAGGAUCAGGUCCUGUUUUGCUGCGUACCUAUUGUCUCUACGUCCUCCUGCUUGCCAUCAAUGGAGUAACUGAGUGUUUCACGUUUGCUGCCAUGAGUAAAGAGGAAGUUGACAGGUACAAUUUCACAAUGCUGGCACUGUCAUCCUCAUUCCUGGUGCUGUCCUAUCUCCUGACCCGUUGGUGUGGCAGCGUGGGCUUCAUCCUGGCCAACUGCUUUAACAUGGGUAUUCGGAUCACACAGAGCCUUUGCUUCAUCUAUCGCUACUACCAAGAGAGCCCACACAGGCCCCUGGCUGGCCUGCACCUGUCGCCAGUCCUUCUUGGGGUAUUUGCCCUCAGUGGUGGUAUUACUGGUGUUUCAGAGGUGUUCCUGUGCUGUGAUCAGGGCUGGCCCGCCAGGCUGGCACACAUCACUGUGGGGGCCAUUUGCUUAGGACUGACUCUUGGGACAGCAUUCCUCACAGAAGCUAAGCUGAUCCACUUUCUCAGGACUCAGUUUGGAGUAUCCAAAGUUGCUGACAAAAUGACUUGACUUCAAGAGCAUCUUGGUACCUGUGGCACCUGGAUCCACUUGGGACAGUUUUUGGGUGCAAUGUUACCAUGCAAAAGCCCUGCCAAGGGGUCUGCAGUGUAGUGAGAACCACCCAGGAGGUGAGACCAUGGAUGAAACACUCGUCCACUUGAAGUCUUAAAUGCAAAGGAGGAAUUUUCAUUUUUAAGUGGAAACCAAACAGCCCUUUUAAAAUAGAUGUACUUUUUUCAUUA